AUGCCAAAGCGCAAGAUUUCCGGACAUUCGACGGAAACAAAUUCGAAGACACCAAAGACAAUCGACGAGGCUCUCAGGAUCUUGGGCCCGCCAUCUAUUCUCCUGUCCUCUUACAACCCAACCCUGCACAAUCCUUUUGACACUGUCCCGGUUAGUGUCUUCGUAACAAUUACUUUCAAAAAAAAACGCGGGACCACAAGGGGCCGGAUUGAUCAGAAACCAAAAACCACUUUUGAAAUCUGUUCCGAUCAGUGUUUAUCUUUUAAUUCUCAAGGUGUCUUACAAAAUCCGCCCGAGCUCUCCUAUUCCUCUUCCUAGAAUUAGUCACCCACAAAGUUUCGUGAAUUAAAAAAAAAAGAUAUUUCCAUUUAAUAUAUUAAAAUGCUCGCCUCCUUCUCCCCUUCUUCUUAACACUCCUCUCUCAUGUGUAAUUCGAAUCAGUUGCACUUCACACAAAACCAACUGCUCCAGACUUCUAAUUGAGUGAAGUCAGUUUUUGUGCGCACACUGCGACAGUGUCACCUGUUUGACUCUUUCCACCUAGAUGCGGUCAAUUGGCAGUCUCUAUGAGAAUUUAUCUCUUUUGUCUUCUGGACGCCGACGUUUUCACUCCACACUGAGUGUGCGAUCCUUUUUCUAUGUCACAAGCGCGAGAGAAGAAUUGGACCGUUACAUAACAUUUGGCUUCCCUUUUUUUGUAUUGUAUAGUCAGCUUUUGUUCUCCGCUCCUUGCUAAACAAUAAGAAAUUUGAUUAGGCAGCCGUAGGUGACAUUGAAAAGAGGCUGUACGGAAGAAGGAGGCUUUUUUUAUUGCCGAGUCUUCCAUAAUCAUAUCGGGAUUUUAUUUUCUUGGAUUUCGGGUGAGUGCACGCAGACGUCGACUACGCUUCGCCCAACUUUCCUCUCAUAUAUAAUCAUAAAAACAUGUUUCGACAUGACGAGAGCAGAAAUCAGUAUUUUUUGAUGACAUCUCUCAAAAACGGAACAAAAACUGGUUUCAAACAUUGAAAGUAUCAGGCGUUUGACUAAAAGGUAAACGUUAGCGAGAGAGAUAGGAGCGGAGUGGCAUGUUUGAUACGGAAGAGUCAAACUCUUAGUGCGGCGUGAUAGGAGAGAAGUUACGAGAAAAACGAAACUCACAUAGGAAACACGGAAAAGAGAUUCCUCAGCUUUAGUUCUUUGGGAGCAUCUUAAUUUGAUCACUAACGGAGGUGUAACGAGAGAGUGAGUGAAUAUUACUGAAUGCGAGCGGACUGAUAACAAUGUUGACAAAGGAUAGUAUUGACGGGUUUUCUUUCUUCCUCUCGCAGACAAUCGAUCUUUCGCAACUUUUAUCUUAUCCUAUCGAACACCCGUUUAUCUGUUUCGACGCACUCCAAACCAGACCUUGCGGUUACGUGUUGGUUUCUCGAAUGUGUCCUUUGCCGUUUGAUGAUCGAAAGUGAUUGCCCAAGACUUGAUACGGAGUCGAAGUCCAGUUUCUGUCGUCAAAACCUAUUUCUCUGCCGUCAGAUUGGUUCUCAAAUUCCCAAAAAAUGAAAUUUGAUAGGUCGGCGCCUAACAACGCUGAAUCAAACGAAUGUGGACGUGAGAACUGUCUGCCCUUUUGGCGAAACGGGUUGAAAGUAGUCCGAGAUGUGAGACAUGUUCAGUGAUUUUAUCUGUUUGAAAUUCCCCCUCUUUCAUUACAUUCGUUGCCAGUUCUUUUCGGAUCUCCCUCACGCUUUGCGAAAAAAUUAGGAAGAAGGAAAGCGGGGGGAGGGGAGAAAAGUGAAAAUAAAUUCUCACUCCAGUACAUUAGCAUUGUUAAUGGUUAUCCAUCAGUCAUUCUCCUAUCACGAAAGAAGGAUCUCGGGUCCCAUGACGCAAUUCUGGACCCUCUAGCCUUUUUUCUUCUUUUAUAAGUUUUCCAUCUAUUCGUAUUUGUUAGGUUUCAAUCAAAACUGAUCGCUUUCUGUCUGAACAUAGUUAUCCUUCAUAAUCCUAAUCUCCGUCACUCGUUCGCAACCGCAUUUAGUGGUCCGCAACCAGAAAUAUAAUCCUUUAUUACCACAAUCACUUGCAGUUCUACCGUAGUAAUCGAAUCGCCUCGGUGGCCUCCCACGAGCAAACGUAAGGGGGGUUCUAAGAGGGCUGGGAGGGUGACAGAGGUAGCCAUCUUCACCUACCAUCACUGCCCUCUCGUAUUCUGCCUCCACGUUCGUUGUCUGCGUCUCCCCAGCUCAUUCACUGUCUAUUCUUCAUCGUUUUCUCAUGGGGUUCCGAAGAAUUAGAAAAAGAACGAGAUCAUCAAGCGAGUCGACCAUUGUUAGUUUCUGCAAUCCUAAAUUAUUUUCAUUCCAACUCUUAACCGUGCUUAUCAUUUUUUUCCAGAGAGUUCCGGCCUCGGCCUCCGACAACGAGAUCCGCGGACCAAAGCGGCGACCGGAUGAGCUGGUAACAUUAUUGCAGUCGAAUAACAAUAAAUAAUCGGAAUAAUUUGAGAAAGUCGCGGCAAUCCCCUCACAGACUUGUGUGCUAGCCAAGGCGACGGCGUUACCUGGUAAGCAACCGUCUUUGCCUGUGGAUACGCUCGGGUCCGCAAGCAAGAUGGCGCCGCAAUCAGUCACGACCACGACAAAAACAACUACUCGUGGAAAAUUGUCUGGAGAAGGAGAAUAUCAGGUUGGUCAAGAAAAAACAUAGCUCGUUAGUAUACAAAUCUUCUUUUAGCUCAUCAAAAAUGAAGUGCUAUGUUCUCCUUACGGCAACCAAUACGAAGUACUCGAAUUCCUUGGCAAAGGCACAUUCGGACAAGUUGUGAAAGCGUGGAAGAAAGGCACAAGCGAGAUCGUUGCCAUCAAAAUUCUGAAGAAACAUCCGAGCUACGCACGACAAGGGCAGAUCGAAGUGUCGAUCCUCUCCCGGCUGAGCAACGAAAACUCGGAAGAGUACAACUUUGUGCGAGCUUUCGAAUGUUUCAACCACAAAAGUCACACGUGUCUCGUAUUCGAGAUGCUCGAGCAGAAUCUUUACGACUUUCUAAAACAGAACAAGUUCAUGCCGCUACCGCUAAGCGCGAUACGUCCGAUUAUGUUCCAAGUACUCACAGCUCUUCUCAAAUUGAAAACUCUUGGCUUGAUUCACGCGGAUCUGAAGCCAGAGAACAUCAUGCUUGUUGACCCUCAACAACAGCCAUACCGUGUCAAAGUCAUCGACUUUGGAAGUGCUUCGCAUCGAAGCAAGGCAGUCACUAACACAUAUCUGCAAAGCAGAUACUACCGGUAAGAAUUCGACACUAAUUGCUUCGAAUAAAGUUCAAUUUUGCAGUGCCCCUGAAAUCAUUCUUGGACUUCCAUUCAACGAGGCGAUUGAUAUGUGGUCUUUGGGAUGUGUUAUUGCUGAGCUGUUCUUGGGCUGGCCGCUCUACCCAGGAAGCUCUGAAUAUGAUCAGAUUAGGUAAGCAAUUGGGUGCACACGACUAAAUUCUCAUAUUUAAUUUCCAGAUUCAUUAUUCAAACUCAAGGUGUUCCUCCAUCGACCAUGCUUGAGAGCGCUUCCAAGCUGCACAGAUUCUUCAAGGAAGUCAAAUCAGACAGUCCGAAUCACGCGAGUGUCGGAGGCACAUACUAUCGUUUAAAAACGGUCGAGGAAUACGAGACGUCGUCGACAUCCGCCAAAUCCAAGGAGACGCGCAAGUACAUCUUCAACGUUCUCGAUGAUAUUUGCCGCGUCUCUUAUGGAUUCGAAUCGGACCCAGUUGAGCAUCUCUGCGAUCGUAUCGACCGACAGGAGUUUGUUGAUGUGCUCAAGAAAAUGCUCGUGCUGAACCCCGAAUUCCGCAUGGCUCCCGCUGAAGGAUUGGAUACCAAAUUUGUGACAAUGACUCACCUCACCGGAUACGGUUUUACGAAUUAUGUCCACGAGGGUCACAAGAAAAUGGAGAUUUGUCGCAAGAACGGACAGCAAACAAUGCCAACUCCAUACCGUGUGCCGAAUGUCGCAACUCCGAUCACUCCAGCCGAAAAACCACAGCCGCCGAAGAUGCCGCAGCCAAUGAUCGCUGUGCUUCCGGCUUCGAUGAACGGUCUUCAGCCGACGAACCUUCCGCCCGUGCAGACUCAACCUGAUCUCACCAAUUUGAUGCACCAUUACACUCAAAUUGCAGCCGCUGGUAACGCUGCAACAGCUGCUCAGUUUUUCUAUCAGCCCAUGCCGCCGCCUCCGCUAUUCCAAUAUCAAUUACGUAAGUCUCCAGAUUUUCUUUGGAUUGGUAAACAUGCUAUUCACUUUCAGAGCACCCGUUUGCCGCUCGUCCGCCUCAUUUUUUAUCCCUGGCCACCCCGAGUCAUAUGGUUCCGCAGUUUGUACCGGUCCCAAUAAUGGAUCCAUCAAUGCUUCAGGGACAGUGGCCACCAGGGGCCGCACAACAGUUCGCCGUUCUCGCAAAUGACAUGAUGCGAGCACCACAGACUGCAGUUCCGCAGAUCACGCCGCUGAAUCAGAUGUUUGGUACCACACCGCAAACAUUCUCGUUUCUAACGAUGCCAGGCAAUUUCAAUGGGAAUCCGGUGAUUAUGCCGGAAGAGAAUCCCACGUGGCAACUGGCAAUGGCUGCACAGCAACAACAACAAGCUCAGCAACGUGCUCAGUCGAUGAUCAACGGAAAUGUGAAGCCGAAGCCCGCGCCCGUUCAAAUACAAGUGCCAGUGCCAGUGCCCCUCAAGAAAAACUCCCCUGCUCCAUCAGUCAUCACUUUGUCGAGUGACGAGGAUAGCAAUGGUGCAGGGUAAUAGUAAGGAUGACAAAAACAAUAGUUAAUCGUGAUUUUAUUCAGAUCCAGCAACAGUGGAAGUACCACAAGAACAGGAGCAAUGAAUCCGGUCCGCAACGAAAAUCUUGGGGCUGGAACGGCAAAUAAGUCAGAGGAAAUUGUGAUACCUCCGACGAACUUUGACGCUCAACUGCCCAACGUUCAAUACUUCCCUAUGCCCCAGCUAUUCGACGCCAAGACGGUGGCUGGCCUGAUUCCGAACCCAUUCAUGGACCCCUCUCAUCUGUCUCGAGCUUUUAAUUAA